GCCAGGGCACUGCCCGCACCGCACCACUCCAGCGGCCCCACUGCUCCAGUGCUCCAGCCCAGUGCUGCAGACUCCAGUGGCCCCAGACUCCAGUGCUCUAGAUUCUAGUGAUUUAGACUCCAGUGCUUCUGACUCGAGUUCACCAGACUCCAGUGCUCGAGACUCCAGUUCUCCAGACUCCAGCAGCGUACUCGGUGUUGCAGAGAAUGUGAACGCUGCCGCCAUGGCCGCCGGAGGAAGCCGAGCCGCCGUCGCCGCCCUGGCCGCCGCCCUGCUGACCCUCGUCACCGGCAUCGCGGGGCAGGACGCCUACCAGUUCCGGGACUUCCCCAACCCGGUGCCCUACGCGCCCUACUCGCCCCUGGAGCCGGUGCACUCCAGACCCUUCGCCCGGGACGUGCAGCACCAGUCGUUCCAGCAGCAGGGCUUCCCGCAGGGCUUCCAGUCGCAGGGCUUCUCGCAGGGAUUCCAGUCGCAGCCCUUCCAGAACAAGUUCCAGCAGCCCCAGUUCCAGUCUAGCGCCUCCUUCAAUGCCAGCAACCCGCUCGCCCUCGGCCCGUUCGAUCAGGGCAAGUCGUUCCUGCGUCCGGGACUCGGCGCGGGAGGGGCGAACCAGGCGGACUUCCCCCAGUUCUUCCAGGACCCACAGUUCGAGCAGCUCUUCCACCAGGAGCUGAACCACCAGAUCCAGCUGGAGCAGCAGCGCCUGCAGGACCAGCCGUAUCACCAUCAACUACAAAAACAACAACAGCAACAACAACAGCAGCAGCAACAACAACAACAGCUGGCGCGGCCGCAGCCGAGCUUCCAGAUCCAGCAGUCGGUGCAGGUGGAGCGGCCGCAGCUGCAGGAGCUGCACGAGCUGCACAGCCUGCUGGAGCAGCAGCUGCAGCUGCACGAGGUGCGCCAGAAGGAGGAGCAGCAGCAGCGGCAGCAGCAGCACAUGCUGCAGCAGAUGAUCCGCCAGCAGCAGCAACAGCAGCAGCUGCAGCAGCAGCAGCUCAACCUGGUGGACUCGCACGAGCAGUUCAUGUCGCAGAAGAUCAAGCCGCAGCCGUCGCCCAGUCCGCCGCGCCGGCCGCAGGUGCAGCUCAAGCAGCAGCAGCAGCAGCAGACGCAGCUGAAGCAGGCCAAGCCGUCCACGACCACCACGCCCAGGGCGCCGCUGGAAGUCAUCGACCUGGACCAGCUGCUGCCCUUCCUGCAGAAGCAGCAGGCCGACAAGGACCGGCCGCAGGACGGGCGGCUGCAGCAGCAGCGGCAGCGGCAGCAGCAGCGCCAGCAGGAGACGCUGCGCCAGCAGGAGGAGAGCCGCGCGCAAGUGCAGCAGCAGCAGCGGCAGGAGCAAGAGCGCCGUCAGCGCGCGCAGAACCAGCAGCGGCCCCAGAGGCAGCAGCCCGCCCCCGUCAACAACAUCGCCGCCAACAACAACAAGGCCAACAAGACGGAGAAGCCGGUGACUUCGGUGCGGGACCUGUUCAACACCACGUCCUGCAUCGAGCCGCCGCUCACCUGCCCGCACCCGCGCAUCCACUUCUACCUGUACACCAGGACGACGCAGGAGCAGGGCGACAGGGUGGACGUGACGAGGCCCGAGUCGCUGCUCAGCACGCCGUUCAACCCCAAGCACCCCAUCAAGGUGCUGAUCCACGGGUUCCAGGGCGGCCGCCAGUACUCGCCGUCCACCGACCUCCGGAAAGCUUACUUCAUCCGCGGCGACUACAACAUCUUCGUGGUGGACUACAACUCGCUGGUGAGGCUGCCCUGCCUGUCGCAGAUCCAGUGGUCGCCGUCGUUCCUGGCGCUGUGCGUCUCGCAGCUCGUCAACUACGUGGGCACCACCACCAAGGACCUGGUGGCGCCCGACCGCUUCCACCUGAUCGGCUACUCGAUCGGCGCGCACAUCGCCGGCCUCGUGGCCAACUACAUCGACCACGACAAGGGCAAGCUGGGCCGCAUCACGGGCCUGGACCCCACCAUCAUCUUCUACCAGGGCUCCAACCGGUCGCACGACCUGGACCCCUCGGACGCGCACUUCAUCGACGUGAUCCACACGGGCGCCGGCAUCCUGGGCCAGCGCGGCCCCAACGGCCACGUCGACUACUACGUCAACGGCGGCACCACGCAGCCCGGCUGCCAGAGCGACUCCCUCAUCAAGACGCUGUCCUGCGACCACACCAAGGUGUCCCCGUACUACGUCGAGUCCAUCGUGACGCCGGUGGGCUUCUGGGCGCUGCCGUGCCCCAACCUGUUCAUGUACCUGCUGGGCUUCUGCCAGCCCAAGGACGAGGACUACAUCAUCAUGGGCGAGGACGCCCCUCACACGGCGAGGGGCAUCUACUACCUGUCCACCAACGCCAACAAGCCCUUCGCCAAGGGCUUCCCCGGGAAGCGAAUGCCCAUCAAGUUCCCCAAGUGGAGACCCAACUGAAUGAAGCCCUUAUGACCAGUGGCCACCAACUUCAUCAUUACAAUUUUACCUGUGAUCAAAAAAGCGAUGCCAAAGCCGAAGGGCGAACACAAGGGUGCCUCAACUCGUGUUGUGGUGUGAGUGUGUGUGUGAGUGAGUGUGUGUGUGUGCGUCGCUUCUUGCCAAUCAGUGCCCCAGGCGCUAGAGGACUUUUCACAAAUUAUUUAUUCCCACUUUUUGAAUCACGUUGAAACUAUUAUCGUGUAAGCCACUACCGUUAGCCUAAGUGAGAUUGUGUUUAGAUUUUAGAGUAGUUCAGUGCCUUUGAUUAUCUUACAUGUAUGCGAAGCUCAAGAUGCUGCUCGAAAUACUUUAAUUAUACUUAAUGUUCGUACUCGUCUCAGGUGCUUAAUAUUUCUGACAACUGUCCAUAUUUAUUAAGGCAGCUUCGUGCGGCGCCCGUAGUGUGGUUUUUAAUAAGUUAAUUAAUUGUGUUUCAAUAAUGUGAUAGUGAUGAGGGCUGGCACCCUUUGUUGCCACAGUUUUGUAAAUAAAUACUGCCAUGAAGGAAA